GUCAAUAAAAAUUCAGUAUAUUUUGUAUAAAUCAAUCCAUUACUUGUGAGCCGAUGUCAGAAGUUAGCUAUCGUCCGUUCUAUGGCCGCACCAUUGCCUACACCGAGGACAACAUCGAGAUAAGGAAACUCUUUGUGCGGGCUGUGCCAAUCGAGAUGGAGUCGGAGCUGUUGUUGAACUACUUCAACAGCUUUGGCAGAGUGCUGCAGAUGGAGCUGACAGAGAAGACGACUGACAGGAGAUUUAAAUACGGCUACGUUCUGUACGAGAGCUCACGGGAUGCAGCGGAUGUGCUGCUGAAGGGGAGGCAUUUGGUCGAGGAGCAGCUGGUUAAGGUGGAGGCGUUCUAUAGCUGGGGUCAGCCGGCGUCUGUGGAGCGCUGUGGGUCCAUUUGCCAAAUGUCGCCCAUAAUGAGGCUUAAUGAUGAUUGCCUGCUCUGCAUAUACCGUUAUCUAGCGCUUGUGGAUCAACUCAGCCUGGCACGCGUCCUGCAACGCUGUCCGCCCCUCUACAGCUCCAUUAAUCUGGGCGUCUUCAAGGGGCUCAGUCUGUGGCAUAUACGUGAUUUUCUGCUGCUAUUCGGCCAGCAUCUGAGCCAGCUUGUUGGCCAAAUACCGCGCAAUCAUCACCAGAGGCUGAUUGAAUACCUGGCCAGCCAUUGCCAGCGACUCAAGGUGCUGCGCCUCAGAUAUAGUCCCUUAUCGCUGCGCAACAUGCAUAAGCUGUUCGACCAGCUGCAGCAGCUGGAGGAGCUGGAGUUGUCCAACUGCGAACUCAGGGAUGAGUGCCUGCUGGAACUGAGUCAUCUGGCUAAACUAAAGACUCUGAAUCUCUGCUACAAUGACAUGCUGACUGGCCGGCACAUGGAUAAGCUGCCAAGCUCUAUAGAAACAUUAGAUCUCCUAUAUUGCUUCGAUCUGCAGUUUGCGCUCCUGCCCAGCAUCUGCAGCUGCUUGCCCAAGCUCAGGGAGCUGAGCGUCAAGGCUGUGCACACAGAGCAAACGGAUGUACUCCGGACAUUGGCCAACGAGCACUGCUGCGAGCGUCUGGAGCGACUUGCACUGAAGACGCUCAGCUACCAGGAGCAGCCUCUGCACCUGGAGUACCUGGCCAAGCUGCCCGCUCUCCGGCAGCUGAUCAUGCACGAUAGUCCGCCCAGCCUUGAGCUGCUGCAGUGGCUCGCCACAUACAAGGCGCAGCAGCUCGUGCAGCUGGAGAGCAGCUCUCGCAUCUCAUUGGAUGCCAGGCACUUGGAGCUGGUGGCUCAGCUGAAGGCGCUGCGUAUUCUCUCGCUGCCCCAUCACAAUCAGCUCGACGAUGAUGGCAUGGCAAAGCUGUGCAGUCUCCGGGACUUGCGGGAAAUCUCUUUGCAGUCGUGCAAGCAAGUCACAGAGCAGGCGAUUCUCCGUCUGCUGAUCAGCUGCAAGCAGCUGCAUGUGCUACAUCUGGAGCGUUGCGUCCUGCUCUCUGGGAAGCUCAUCUAUAGCAUUGAGAGUCAGCUGCGUGAGGAGCUGCACAGUGGCUUCAAUCAGCGCCAAUUGCCAGUUAAGCUCUUCUUUUACGGCUCGAAAUUUAAUGAGUUUAUGCUUAAUCGCCCAGAUUUAGUGCAUAACGAUGUGGUGCAUGUAGAGCUGACUCUUUGUCCGAACUGGUAGAGCAGGCCCU